CGCCGACAGGCGGAGGCGCUGGUGGCCGUCUCGCAGCACGUUGCGGCGAGGGUCCGCAGCAACUCCGCAGUUCUUGCGAAGAAGGUGCCCGGCUACGAUUACGUCGGGAACCCUGGCCAGUGCCAAAACCAGCGCUUCCGACCCAUGAAGGCCAACAAGGAUCAGCGCCUGUCGCUCAUGCAGUGCGGCGCCGAAUGCAUGUCCGACGAGAUGUGUACAGGUUUCGACCACAUCGACAGCAUCGCCAAGUGCCACAUCUACUACACGGGCAUCCCCACGUACGCCGGCGGGCGGGCGUCCGCCCGGUGCUACCGCAAGUCCGAGCUGCCGCCAGGGGCGGGCACCUUCACGCCGCCACCCCCGGGGCCCACGCUCCCGAGGCCCAUCUCCCACACUCCGCGCCGCCGCCGCACGUUCUCCCCGGGCGGCAUCGGGAUGCCCGGGAAGCCGGACCAGAGCGAGAUCGACGACAACAGGGUGGAUGGGAAGACGCCAGCCGUUGACGAGAUCAUGGACGAGCUGAACUCGCUUGUCGGGCUGCUGAAGGUGAAGGCUGGCAUGACCGAGCUGCACGCCAUGGUAGAGUUCGACGCGAACCGCAAGGCGAUCCUCCCCGAAGCCAAGAGCCUGAUGGGGCAGUCGUUCCACAUGCAGUUUCUCGGCAACCCUGGUACAGGCAAGACGGUCGUCGCGCGCAUCGUCGGGCGGCUGCUGGUGGAGAUGGGGGUGAUCAUCGGCCUCGAGAACAGCAAGGGCGAGAAGCAGGUGGUCUUCGAGGAGGUCUCCCGCGCCGACCUCGUGGCCGAGUACAAGGGGCAGACUGCUCCCAAGGUCAUUGCUGCGGUCGAGCGGGCCCUGGGGGGUGUGCUCUUCAUCGACGAGGC